UCCUCACUUGCAAAUCUUCGAUUUAAAAAACCGCCCGGCUUCUUCUGCUAUUUCCGAGUCCUCCGAGUCUUCUAAUCGUUUCCAAGUAAGUCUCUCCUUCCCUUUCUGAGUCAUGUCUGACCGUGAGGAUAGCCAGAACCCUUCCGUCCAUUCGUACGGUUCUGGUGGCCGGUCUCCAACAUUUGGUUCCUCUUCUUCUUCUUCAUCCUCUGAUUCCGAGCGCCCGGCUACUUCUCCACAGAAGAAGCCGGUUGAUGCUUCCACUUGCGCUCCUUCUCCUCCCGUGGCGCAAGUGGUCUCGAUUGCCCAGACCGGGGACGAGGGCUUCAUCCAGCUAGACGACCGGUUGCUCCAAGAGCAACCGUCGUAUAUGCAGAAGCCCCAGGUCCACGAGCUGCGCAAUCUGAUGCCUGAUGGGUACCAAUUGACAUACCGGGCAACAUGGAAGAGCAUCAUACCUCUCCACACCGGUACGUCGAUUGGUAUCCAUUACCAUUCAAUCAAGGACUUGGGUGAAUUCUCUAUUCACCUAUUCAAAGUCCUUUUCCUUGAGACCUAUGGGAUCAUGCCCGGGCAAUUAGCCCCAAAUGGUCACCGUUUGCUGGCCAGUUUCAUCAACGUCUGCCGGUUUCUCUGUAUCCCUCUCUCUCUUCGCCUCUUCGAUCACAUGUUCGAUGUCCGGCCCGGAUCCAAAGAAACUCUUGGAUUCGUGGUGGUGUCUUCCCACCAAGGCCGGGCAUUCCUCUGUGGCCUUCCACCUUCUAACAAGAAGUGGAAGGACAAAUACGUGUCCAUCAAGUUCCCCCCGGCUUCUUUUCCUUUCGCCCAAAAUGUCUGGGGGAAGAGAAUGAGGCGUCAGGUCAAACCUGUGGAGGCUGAUGACCUGGCUCCUUGGGAAGCCACUCUCCGGGCCGGAGACGCCUCCACCCGCGAUCAGUACCACGUCGGGAAGUGGAGUGUCUACCCCGGCCGGGAGACCGACCCCGAGCCGGAGAUUGUUCCGCCCGGGACGAUCCCCGAAGCCAUCCCCAUCAGUCGGGCGAUGGGAUCCAAAGCCAAGGCCACAGCCGCCGCCGGUCCUUCACGCCCGGCGAAGAAGAAGAAGGAGAAAGUGGUGAAAUUCCAGUCCAAGUUUCCCAUCCCACAAAUAGUGGUUGAGGAGCCCUCCACCGCUCAGCCACUCAACCCUCCAUCCGGCCAGCCCUUCUCCCUGGAGGAGCAACCCACCCAAUCCCAUCAGGGAACCAACCAGCCGAUUCACUCGGGGGAUCUCUUCAUCAAUGUAGAUACCCUCGAGUUCGACACCCUGAUGGGAGAGACCGGGCACACAUCCCAGGCUGGGAGGGGGGGCCAGCCCAAUGAGGAGGUCGAAGCUGAGGAAGAGGCCGCUGAGGAGGCUCUUCAACGAAAAAGGCGGAGGACUGAAGAGGUCAACCAGCCGGCUCACCAAGGGCCCCAGUCCUCUAAUGCUGGCAAAGGACCCAUAGUGCCCCGGUCUCCACUCCUGAUGAGCCGGUCAAACGAGGAGCUUUUCCAAGCUUUUCGUGCCGACCUGUCUGAGAUCGGCCGGAUCGGGGAGGAGUACUUCGCCCGGCUGGUGAAGUCGACGGACGAGGAGAAGGCCCGGAUGGAGGCCAUGAUGGUCCAAUGCCGGAAGGAUGCUCAGGCUGCCCGUGAAUACGCGGAGAAGACGGAGGCGAAGUGGCUGGAGCACUGCACGGUCUACCGUCAGCUCUACGCCAAACACGACGGACUUCUCAAGGCCGCGAAAGAGGCCGAUGAGCUGGCCCAGGCCAAGAUCCAACAGCUGGAGGCCGACAAUGCCCGGUCAGCUGAGGAGAUCGCCCGUCUGAGCGAUGAGCUGGAGAAAGAGCAAUCGGAGCGGGCUGCCGUAGCUGCUGCCUGGGCUGCCCAAGAGCCUGAAGAGUUUGCCGCUAAGGCGCUUCCUGACCGGGAGACAGCAAUCCGCUUCUUCCAAGGUCUGUAUAAGCACCCAGUUUCGGCCGGCAUUGUGGACGAGAUUGGGACUUAUGGCUACGAAAGUGGCCAGUGCUCUGAGCGGAAGGCCCUCUAUGGCAUCCUUGAGCAGCGGAUUCAAGGCUUUCGGCCGAAGGCUCUAUCUCUGCCCGAGCUGCACAGCGAGGCGCCUGAACCUCCCUUCCCGGGCAUCUGAACCAUCCGACCUUCUUCUUCCUUCUUUUUUUUUAUGAUGUAAUGAUCGGCCUCCGGGCACUUUUGUAAGACAAUUGAUAUUAAUGAAAAUACUCUCUACAUUAUGCGCCGAGUGCUUUUUUUUUUGUCUCAUUAAUUUUUUUUCGAAAGAUUGGAUACCCGGCUUAGAAUACAAUUUUACCCAAGUCUUUUCGAAAGAUUGGAUAAUCAGCCGGAAAGAUUUUUUUUAACUUGGAUUCUUCAACCGUUUAGAUUAAUAGAUAACAGCCCGGCUGUAACUACCCGGCUUAGAAUAUAACUUUACCCAAGUC